AUGGCUAGUUACUGGAUAGUUCUCCUUUUCACGAGCUCCUGCGCGCUCAGUGGCGCACUGGCGGCACGCGACCUCACCGACGACCCGUCCAUGGCCGCGAGGCACGAGCAGUGGAUGGGCAAGUGUGGCCGUGAGUACAGUGACGCCACGGAGAAAACACGGCGGCUAGAGGUGUUCAAGGCCAACGUCGCGCUCAUCGAGUCCGCCAACACCGGGAACAGCAAGUUCUGGCUGGAGGCCAACCAGUUUGCCGAUAUCACUGAGGACGAGUUCAGGGCUACCCACACAGGAAUUGAAACUCCAGUUGCUGCUGACAAGGGCCGGAGCGCUGGGUUCAGGUACGCGAAUGCCAGCCUCGACGACCUCCCGGCCUCCGUCGACUGGAGGACCAAUGGCGCGGUCACUCCCGUCAAAGAUCAAGGCCAAUGUGGGUGCUGCUGGGCGUUCUCCACGGUGGCUUCUAUGGAGGGCAUCGUGAAGCUGAGCACGGGCAAGCUGGUGUCUCUCUUGGAGCAGGAGCUGGUUGACUGCGACGGCACGGACAAGGGUUGCGAGGGCGGGCUCAUGGACAACGUCUUCGAGUUCGUUGUCGAAAACGGGGGCCUCGCCACCGAGGCCGACUAUCCCUACACCGGCGCAGACGGCAGCACAUGCGACUCCAGCACGGCUGCAGCGACCAUCACGGGGCACGAGGACAUGCUGGCCAAUGAUGAGGUGUCGCUGCUUAAGGCGGUGGCGGCACAGCCCGUGUCCCUGGCCGUCGACGGCGGGGACAACCUCUUCCGUUUCUACAAGGACGGCGUGCUCUCGGGCAGCUGCGGCACGGAGCUCGACCACGGCAUCACGGCGGUCGGGUACGGCGUGGCUGGGGACGGGACCAAGUUCUGGGUGAUGAAGAACUCGUGGGGCGCGGGGUGGGGCGAGGACGGGUUUAUCAGGAUGGAGAGGGACGUCGCCGACGAGAAGGGCCUCUGCGGGCUCGCCAUGCAGCCUUCCUACCCCACCACGUAG